AAGUACAGUAUGCAACAUACUUGAGAUCAAGGAUAUCAACAGAAACAAAUUGGAAACAGGUCAACAGGUUAGGGUUCCUUUUUUCCAGACAUAUGAAGAAACCAGCGGUGGGAGUUCCACACAUGCACACCCGAUGUUUGUGAAUGUCAAUGUCCACAGCUGGAUGUUCAGUCUUCAAUAAAACAACACGUCCCCAGAAAUCCACAUACUUUCUGAGCAGGUCAGGAGGUGAGUACAGCCUCGGCGAGCAAGCUCGCUGAGGGCCUGUGAAUCCAAGACAGGGUCGCCUCCGAUUUCUUCGGAUGUCAGGGACGACUACUUCUGGGGACCCAGGGGGUGAAACGCAGCGCAGCACCGAAGACGGCACCCGGUGCGCGGUCGCUGCUUGGGCUCAGACCGUGACACACGGUCACGGAGCAGCUCCUUGAGCAGUGGGAGCAGAGCAGAGCAGAGACAAUGAAGUGGGCCGUAGCGGCUCUGGCGUUGACCGCGUGGGCGACCGGCAAUCGCUUGAAGACCGAGCGGCCCUCUCCUUGGGCUGAGUCCAGUUCAGCGCCCCUGGUGGAGGGCAUUUGGAAGGAUCCAAACCUGUCUGCGAACGUCACCGUGAACAGCACGGCAUGUAGCCCAAGGUGUCUUUGGAAAUGCCUUGGCACAGCGACGUGCCAAGAGGUCUGUGAGCCAGUCUGUGCGCCGCCGCAAUGCCAAGUGAGCUGCCAUCCGGUGAACGUGGCGAAGUGUGUGCAGAAAUGCGAAGCUCCGCGCUGUGCGGUCAUUUGCCCUGAGAAGCACUGCCAGGAUGGCAAGAACUGUGGCAAGUGCAAAACGGUCUGUGGGGAGCCCGUUUGCCACGUUGACUGCCAACAGGAUUGCCAGACCAACUGCGCCGAUCCGACCUGCGAGUGGAAGUGCCAGCCGACCUCCCAAUGUCCACAGCCCAAGUGCGAACUACACUGUGGUGUGCCAUCGGACUGCACUUCAAGCAGCAUCACCUCAUUGACGGCAAGGGGGUUGAAGGUGCCGGUGGGUGCGACAGUGGUGUCUCGAGGCCUGGCGAGCUUAGCACCCUCUGAGGCCGUGCCGGCCCCAGCGCCAGCCGCUGCGCCGGUCCUGUCUCCCGCUGCGGCACCAUGAGAGUGUUGAAGAGACCGGGU